GUAAACGCGGCACCAUUCAAAUGCAGCAGGUGGGCUUUAAGAAAACUGUCAGUUAGUCGAGCUUCGCACCUGAUUUAACAUUUAAGAAGACGAAACUUUCUUUCGUCAGCGGUUUUAAAGAAGUGGCAUCCGAACAACAGCUUAAUUCAAAGCGAGCCGUCUGUAAACCCGCAGUAUUUGAACAGCUCGACUGUUUCUGAAGAAGAAGCUGAGCUAGCUCACCGUUAGCUGACUUAGCUACCCGGCUAACUUACUGAAAAUGAACGUGGCGCCGAACACAGACCUGUUUUCGCUUUUUCAUGACGACGACGAGGCAGCCGAGGUGGAGACAGCCGUGCGGGCAGCGGUUAUAUCCAUCAUGAAGGUUUUCCUGGAGCUGAGCGACAAGAGAGCUAAGAGCUACCAGCUGAAGCUGGCGGAGGUGGAGAGGGAGAACCUGCAGCUCAGGCUCAAGUUAAAGGCGGCUGAACGGCAGCUUCACAGCGGCCAGCGCUCAGCAUCCUCUGGGGAAAGCUACGAAAUCUCAGCUAACCUGACCUUCUCACCAGAGUCCAGCCAGAGUUUCAGCACAGGCGUGGACGGAGAAGGAGAAGGAGAAGCAGGGUUUUCUCAACGUGUGUCCGAGCAGGAGGCUUGUCUGGAGGGUUCAGACUGCAGGCUGUACAAGGAAGAGCCCGCUUAUGAAGACACGUUUUGGAUCAAGAAUGAAAUUACAGAAGAGAACCCUGCAGUGGACUUUGAGUACCAUGUUCUAGCACACGUGGGCAGGACAGUUAGUGGUCAACCACAGCAGCAGACCAUGCCUGUGGAGAGAUGUGGGGCAUGCAACAGCUUCAACCACUGUGUUCAGGAGGGUGAUGCAGCCCUGACAAGCCUGGAGAGAAGGAGGCUGAACAGCAGCGAGAGAGUGAGGCAGUAUAGAGCACGGAUCCGUGCCGACCCCGAGAGGUACCUUAUCUUGAAGGAGAAGGAGCGCUUGAGAUAUCUACAACGGAGAAAGACCAUUGCAGAUCUGUCUGAACCCAUGAAGAAGCUGAAGAGGAAGGCUUGGAGAGAGGCUGCAAGGCGGCACCGUGCCAGGAAGCUAGCCCAGGCUACUCUCACUCAUACCCAUGUGACAGUGCAAAACAAUAUGUGACAGAGACACUUUAUUUAUUAACACUUUUUCUACACUGUAAAGACGAACUGUGCUUAAUAUGUCCAGGAAUACAAACGAACAAGGUCAGUUUUUAUUUCAGGUUGACUUCAGUGUGUUUCAGAUGCUGCAGUGUAGACUGUUUUUGUGGAGUCUGUACCCUUUGGGCAAAAGUGCACAAGCAUAUUGUUGCUGUUGAGACAAAACCUUGUAUCUUGUAGAACCAUUCAUAGGUAGGAAAUGGUGAAAUGAAGUGAUUGAGGUGAAAGUCAAACAGUGAAUCUCUUUCUCUGUCGCUCUCUCUCAAACAGUAUUGACUAAACCGUGAAAACUUCAGUUUUAGCGCGAGACAUUUCCAGUUGUUAAUUUCAGUUCUUUGUCCAUUUUAACACAACAGUAAGACACAUGUAAUCAGUAUUAUACAGAAGCACUUAAUGGAACUAAAUCUAGUACAAGAUGAUAUGAUGAUAUAGAACAUUUGAAUCUCGAAACAUUCAAGAUUGACUCGCUUGUUUCUAGCAACUGUUUACAUUGACUUCCUUCAUAAUUUAGGGUUUCUUUUCUUUCUCCUUCCCCUGAGUAGUUUUGUUCCGACAGCAAUGAUAAAUAAACUAGUAAAGAUAUUCCCAAUAAUUAGGUUGUACAUAAUCAUUCAUACUUGCUGUGUGAAACCUACCUGCAUAUGACAUUGUUUAAUGGAAGCCUUUGGACCCCCAACUCCCAACAUGCAUGAUUUUCAAGCACAAACCUGUUUGAUUUUGAUACUGUGCUGUAGUUUGUGUCCUCUGACGAAAAAAUGUUUCCUUAUUUAAAAUAUAUAGCAAAUCAUCCUUUUAUUAUUCCUGUUGGUAUGAUGAGAGGAUUUAUGAUUUUGUUUGCCAGCACGUCGACAAGGUUUGUCAACUGGAACCGGAAAUUAACACAUUUUUCUUCCAUGCCGUGAUGUAUUUCACAGUGAAACACAGUACACUGCAAAAAAAUGAUAUCUUGUCAAGUAAUUUCUUGUAAAUAUAGUCAAUGAAUCUUUCUCCU